CGAUGCAUUGUACGGACUGAACCGGGUAUAAUAAACUCCCACAAAGACUAAAGCUGCCGUGAGAGUGCCCGAUCGAGGCUGUGGAUAUACUGACCCUCCGCGAGCGCGCAGGGAGAGAGAGAGGGAUGGGAGAAGAGAAGAGGCACCAGAUGAUGCAGAACCUGUUUGGUGAUCAGUCGGAAGAUGAAGAGGAGAUUGAUUCUGAGCACGAAUCGAACCGACAACCGGGCUAUGUCUCUGAAGAAGGGGAGGGGGGGAUAGAGCUUGAGGGUGAAGGUGAACCUGAAGUAGAGGGACAAGGGGAGGCAGAACUGGACAGUGAAGGUGAAGGUGAAUUACGUGAUGUUGAUCCUGAUCCUGGGGAGAGUGAUGGUGAAAGAGAUCAAAGUUCCCAAGAAGUAGAUGUUGGUGACCAGAGGGAGGAAAGUGAAGGAAAAGAAACUGACACUGAUGAAAAAGAAGAGUAUCACCAAAGAGUGGUUACCAGCAGGCGGCGUGAUGUCAUUGAAAGUGGUUCAGAGAGGUCUGAGGAGCAUCAUUAUGCUGAUGAUGAAGAUGAGGAGGUUGAUCAGCAUAGAAGUCCAAGUAGAUCACCGGAAGAGGAGAAAGCUCAGACUCAAUUUUCACACUCAGCUGCUGAGAUACGUGAUGUAUUUGGUGACUCUGAUGACGAAGAGCCUGCAGGAUAUGCAGUCCAGAAUGAAAUUGAGGGAGACUCAAAUAGGUCUCCCAUAGAAGAGGAGGUGAGCUAUGAGAAGCAUCUGAGACCAGAGGAUAUGCUGGUUGAUGAAUAUGCCCAGUAUGAGUCAGAAGAGGAGAACAUCGAGGCUAAACCUAAAGAGAAGCCGGUUGGCCCUCCAUUGGUACUAGAGAUUCCAUUGCGCCCCCCUCCAGCGCAUCCAGAUAAGAUGAAUAUGGUCAAGGUCUCUAAUAUAUUUGGCAUUGAUCCGAAACCAUUUGAUCCCAAGACAUAUAAGGAAGAGGAUACAGUUGUGGCAGAUGAAUCUGGUGCUAAUAAACGUAUUCGCUUGGAAAACAAUAUUGUGCGCUGGAGGAGUGUUAGAAAUCCAGAUGGCACAACUUCCUAUGAAAGCAAUGCACGCUUUGUCAGGUGGUCAGAUGGCAGUUUACAAUUGUUGAUUGGGAAUGAAGUUCUUGACAUAUCUGUGCAAGAUGCACAGCAUGAUCAAGCACACCUUUUUCUUAGACAUGGAAAGGGAAUCCUCCAAUCACAAGGGAGACUUCUGAAGAAAAUGAGGUUUAUGCCAUCUUCACUGUCAUCAAAUUCUCAUCGGUUGUUGACUGCUCUUGUUGAUUCACGCCACAAAAAGGUUUAUAAGGUUAAGAAUUGUGUCACGAAUAUUGAUCCAGAGAGGGAAAAGGAGGAAAAAGAAAAGGCUCUAAGUCAGACAAUCAGAGCUAAUGAACUUCUUAGUCGGAAGCGGGAAAAGGUAAACAGGAAGUAUACACAAACUGUGGAUAGGGGUCGCCAACUUUCGCCCGGUUUCUUAGAGGAAGCACUUGAUGAGGAUGAGGAACCCGAUUAUCAUGAAUCUCGUCGCCUUGCUUCCCGCCGCCGUUUUGAGGAAGACUUGGAGGUAGAAGCACGAGCUGAGAAGCGGAUUAUGAAUGCAAAGAAGGGACACAAGGAAACUCCUCGCAAGUCAUCUGUGCCAGCUGUCAAAACAUCUCGGCGUCCAGUAGAUUUCUCUGACAGUGAGAGAGAGGAGUCUGAGUAUGAAAGUGAUGGGGAGGAAGAUGAAAGAUCCCCCCCACGGAAGAGGACUGUUGAAUCGGAGCUGGAAUAUGAAGAAGAAGAAGAAGAUGAAGAGCAACAUGAUGAUGAAGAGGCAGCAGCUAAUGAAGCUUCAGAGGAGGAGGAGGAGGAGGAGACUGAGGAACCGAAGCCGAAGGGUAGGGAGUCUGGAGGCAGUCUCAAGCGCAAGGAUAUAGAGUCAGACGAGGACUCACCUCCUAGAAAGACUACAACCCAUCGCAGAAUGGCAUUUGUUUAUGAUAGCGAUGAUGAAUGAUUGCUUUUGUUCAUUAGUAAAAUCUGAUAUUGCUUGCAACAAGAGUCCGAGAGUUUAUGGAACCCAUGAAUUGCUCUCCCCCCCCCACCCCCCCUCCUUUUUUUUCUCCCUCCCUUUCUUCCUGCUGUACAGAAGUUGGUAUCUAUAACUGAUCAUUUCUAGAUAUUAGAUUUCAUUUUUGACAGUACAUUGUUGUGAGAAAGCUCGUCAAUUAUUAUCAAACUUUUGAAUUAUAUUUUCUUUUUCUAGACAA